GCUUCAGAGAGAUUGGGUUGUAGGUUACACGUGGUAUCAGAGCCUAGGUUGCAAUGGCCAAGGGUGCGAUGCCGAAGGGCGCCGGCGAUGGCUCCAACCCCAAGACGCAGGGCGAUGCAGCCGCUGCUGAGGAGGCGAAGAAGAAGCAGGAGGCGCUCGGGACGCUGCAGUCAUCAUCGCGCGCGCUCGCCGUUUUGCGCUAUGGGCGCGACGGGGGCGGCGGAUCGAGCACGCAGUGGCCAACCCUCACCUGCACAAACUACAACUCGUGGUCUCUCCUCAUGCGCGUGAUCCUUCAGGUGAGACAUCUGUGGGAUGUGAUUGAAACAGGAGAAGCCGAGUACGACAACGAUCGCGCGGAAAUGGAGGCGGUGCCCCAGGAGAUGAUCCCCAUGCUCGCUGUCAAGAAGACGGCAAAGGAGGCCUGGGACACAAUCAAGACGAUCCGCGUCGGCGCCGAACGCGUACGCGAGUCCAAGGCCCAGGUGCUGCGCAAGCAGUACGAGUCCAUCCGGUUCAAGCCGGGUGAGAGCGUCGACGACUUCGGGGUGCGCCUGCAGUAGCUGGUCCAGCAGCUUGAGGUUCUCG